AAGAUGACGUGAUAUAUCUGUGUAAGUUAUUUGAAUUAUCUUGGUGUUCUUGCCUUUACACCAAAUGGACAACAUCAAAGUGCCCAAGGUCGAUGGAGUCACUCUGUGUUCUCGAUCUUCUGGGAGAGAGGAAAUGCGAGGCGUUCUGUCCAUCACAGUAACUCACCUUAUUUUCAUGGAGGUUCCCGAGUUGUCAGAAACAUCGGGCAACACAAAUACUUCAGUGAACAAGAGCUCAGUUCAACCUCCCAAGGAGUUAAUGAUAUCGGUGUCUUUGAUUGGUAAAGUAGAGAGGAUGACAGCGGUGCCCAAGGACUACAAGGUCAUCAUUAGCACCAAACACUUCCGCGUCUACGAGUUUAGAAUACAGCGGGAGAGCGACGCCUAUAAUGUUGCGACUUCUCUUCAAUCUCUGGCAACUCCAGCCAAAGUGACUGAUUUGUUUGCGUUCCAUUACAAACAAGAAGAUCUCCUGCGUAAGAAUGUGAGGAACGGACUAUUUUCCCCCGACAAGGACCAGGCUGCCAAGUUUCCCUCUAUUGUGGCUGGUGCUUCUGCCUUGGGGGAGGGAUAUGAGAGUAGCUGGGGAGCUUACUCGAUCGAGACAGAGUUCAAGAGAAUGGGCGUACAUGAAUCGCAAAAUUGGAAAUUAGAGACGAACUUGAAUAAGCGAUAUCAGUUGGCGGACACAUACCCUUCUGUGCUAGUAUUUCCUUACAAUUCCAAUAAGUCAACGAUCGAAGGUUCAGCCAAGUUCAGGAGUAGAGGUCGACUUCCGGUACUCACCUACUUGGACCGAAAUGGGGCUGCAAUCUGCAGGUCCUCCCAGCCCCUGGUGGGCAUGGCCAAAUUGGCGGGGGCGAGGAGUGUGGACGACGAGGACUUGUGUCACAGUGUGGCCAAGGUAUCCCCCGGUGCUAACAAACAAUUGUUCAUACUCGACACGCGGCCAAAGGUGAAUGCUUGGGCCAAUAAAAUGCAGGGAAAGGGCUACGAAACAGAAGAGUUUUACCGGUUCAUCAGAUUCGAGUUUGCAAACAUCGAAAACGUGCACGUCAUGAGGACAUCACUAUCAAAGAUCACAGAAUGUAUGGAGAAGAAGCCUCUGAACUUGUCGAUGAACAAUUACUUGACAGAAGUGGCCAGGUCAGGCUGGCUGAAACACAUCCGGGCUAUUCUGGAGGCCUCUGUCAGAGUAGUGAACACUGUGAGGGGGGAGCAGCAGAAUGUUUUAGUGCACUGUAGCGAUGGGUGGGACAGAACUAGUCAAGUGUGCAGUGUUGCAUGUCUCCUCAUGGAUCCACACUACAGGACAUUCAAUGGACUCAUCGCGUUGAUAGAAAAGGACUGGCUGGCGUUUGGGCACAAAUUCGUGGACAGAUGUGGCUUCAUAGAAGGCGACUACAGAGAAGUGUCUCCCAUCUUCACCCAGUUUCUGGACGUCAUCUGGCAACUCAUGUCUCAGUUCCCCACCCGCUUCGAGUACAACGAGAGACUGCUGCUGGAGAUACACACUGAGUUGUAUCAGUGCAAGUAUGGUACUUUCUUGGGCAACAGCGAAAAAGAGAGAGUUGAGAACCAGCUACGAGAUUUAACCAAGUCGCUGUGGACUCACUUGAGUGAGAAUCACCGCUUCUUCAUGAACCCCUUCUACUCCCCCGAGGAGGACCUGAUCACACCAAGUGCAUCUUCAGAUGAGAGAGACAAACAUGUGCUCAAACCCAGUCUGCAGCCAGAAUGCUUCAGACUGUGGACUAAAAUGUACAACCCUUGGGAGUCCAAUGUUCCGGUGUAUUUGGAGGCAGUGACAUCAAAGUUGAACCAACACAAUUUCUACCUCAUAGACCACGUCAAAAUGCUACAGAAGCAAGUGACCGAACUGGGGAAGGUAUGUAGUAUGGAUGGACCCUUCGAUCUCUCAGACUCCACGGAGAUGCUCUUCAAAGACCUCGGCAUACAGUCUGACGUGUAUGAUUGCUCAACCUUCACGGGUGAAUCAAGGUCUCCACCAAAGACAAACACAGACCCACUUUCGACACCAGUGUCCAAAAAUCCGAUACAAAAUGGGAACAUAAUCGAGUUUGAAUGCGACUCGGGCUUCGAAAUUGUAGACAGUGCCGAUAUCAGUUCGAGUUACUCCGACUAUUUGACAUGUUUCAACCAGGCAUCCGCGAAUGCAUCCUCAGCUCUCGGUUGUUCGCUUUCAUGGGACGACUUUGCAGAUGUCAAGUUUUGUCCACUGUGUAGAAAUUUUCUCGAAAGCAUUUUUUCCAAGGUGCAUUGCAUAUCAUGUGGCAGAGUGUUUUGUGGUGAACUUUCCUGCAUAGAGUAUAGAAAAGUGAACUCAGUGCUCUACUCGCAGAGAAAGGCCCCCAUUUGCAGGAUAUGUAUUGAUGCUUCCCAGAGGACUCUGGAACCAAACAACUUCGAGAUCUCUGUCAAUGAGCAAAGUGGGGGAGACAAGAGUUCUACGUCAUCUUUAAUGAAUGCGUCAAUCAGCUCUCAAAACCUCAUCCAGUUUCCGCUGGAAUAAAUUAAUAUCAAUUAAAUUAAAUGAAAAUAUUUUGACAAGCGAAGCGUAGUUACGAAUUUCUGGUCGAAUGGUAGUAGUGUCAUUAUCAGAGUCUAUGGGGAUCUCCUCGGAAUAAGAUUUCAAUGCAAUGGGCAAAGAAUAAUUAUUGCGGCAUAGAAAAAAAUCUAGUAAAAUAUUUUCCAGAUUUGGUUUAGUCUUCUCUUUAAUAUGUAGAUGAAGGUGCAGAAAUCACUGAAGGUUUCCGUAAGUUUUCCUUCGCUUGUGUAUUCAAAUUGACUGUAAUCGCCUUUAGUUGUUUUUCUGGUUACCCAUAUUUAUUACUUAUAUUUGCUGUGAAAACUCAAUUUUUAGCUGCAAUUCUUCUUUUUUAUAAGAUUAGUCGAUUUGGGUAAUCAUAAUCGCAGCUUGGACAGGAUUCUAAUUGCUAUUAUAAGGAACUUUCAUAACUUGCGAUUAAAUUCCGCAGUGGUGCUCUGCUUAGUGCUAGUUUUCUUAUCCAGUUCAAAUUUGGCAAAAAAACUGAUGGUUAGAUUAA